AUGAAUCAUCGUCUUGCCGGGAUAAUUAGUCCACUUGGCCACAUUACCACAGAUCCUAUUCGAUCCUCCGUUAAGCCUCCGUCUCCGGUUUACUGCAAAACCACAAUUAGCCAUUUAAAAUCUCUAACCGGUCUCCACAUUUUACCCGGUCUCACCAAUCAAGAGAUCUCAGCCGUUGAAUCUUCUCUCGGUUUCUCCUUCCCUCUCGAUCUCCGUUCGAUUCUUCAGACGGGUCUUCCGGUUGGUACCCAAUACCCCAAUUGGCGCUCCGGGUCGACCCGGAAUCAUCUCCUUCUCCCUCUUCUUCAUAUAUCGAAUAUCGUCGCUAGAAACGGGUUCUGGGUCGAUUCCUGGGGAACCCGACCCGGAUCCGACGCGGAGGCUUUAUCGCUCGUGAAGAAACUGAUGGAGAUCGCUCCGGUUCUCGUCCCCGUCUACGGCGAUUUCUACGUCCCUUCGACGACUCCGAAUUUGGCGGGAAACCCAGUGUUUCAAAUCGACGGCGACGGAGUUAGGGUUUUGAGUUGCGACGUCGCUGGGUUUCUCCAGGGACUCAAUCGCCGGAAUUACGGCGAUUCGCGGCGAAGGCGGCGGAGGGUGGAGUUUUGGAGUGACGUGGCGGAGAGAGGGGGGAUGAAGAUGACGGUGGAGCGUGAGCCCACGCGCGGGUGGUGGAGCGCGUCGGGCUGCGAUGAGAGGUUAAGCGCGUGUUUGGAAGACGCGUUUUGGAAGCUGAGAAGAGGAGGAUGGAAGGAAGAUGAGGUCCGCGAUAUGAUGAUGAUGGACGGUGUAGAUCGCGACACGUGUGUAAAAGCGACAAAUCAGACGCAGUCGCAGCGUGACGUGGUUUACGCGUUUGGCGGUGAGUUAGGUGAUGAGGUGGACGAAGGAGGUGGAGACACGUGUACGGAGGAAGAAGAUUGUGAGAAACGUAGUGAAGUGACGACGUUGAGGCAGCUUCUGUUAUCUCUAGAGCCGUGA